ACGUCACACGUGGACGUGGAAACGGGGCUGUGUGUUACUGCAAGGGGCUUGCAUGCAGAUUGCAUCAAAGUGCUGUCAGGCAUCUCAAAUCUGCACCCAUUGCAUGCUUGAUGCGCCGUUCACAAUGGACACAGCAGCUGGUUUUAACAUAGCUGACGUUUUCACCUACGAAAGUUUGAUUCACGCAGUGGCCGGUGCUUUGGGCAGUGUGACUGCAAUGACUCUGUUCUACCCACUGGACUCUGCGAGGCUCAGAUUGCAAGUUGACGAGACAAGGAAAGCCAAGUGGACUCCUGCCGUCCUCGCUGAAAUCAUCCGAGAGGAGGGGCUACUGGCUCCCUACAGAGGCUGGUUCCCGGUCAUCUGCACCCUCUGCUGCUCCAACUUCGUCUAUUUCUACACCUUCAACAGCGCCAAGGCCUGCUGGGUCAGAGGGCACCGCUCCACCCCCGGCAAGGACCUCGCCGUGGGCAUCAUCGCAGGAGUGGUGAAUGUGCUUGUGACCACGCCCCUCUGGGUGGUCAAUACCCGUCUCAAACUGCAGGGGGCGAAGUUCAGAAACAAUGACGUCAAGCCCACCCACUACAGAGGCAUUCUAGAUGCGUUCCGGCAGAUCCUGGGCUCUGAGGGGCUCCCCGCUCUCUGGAACGGGACCCUUCCCUCCCUGCUGCUGGUGCUGAACCCUGCCCUGCAGCUCAUGGUCUACGAGGGGCUGAAGAGAGAGCUGAGGAGAGGGGCCAACGGGGAGUUCUCCUCUCUGGAGGUGUUUGUGAUCGGAGCCGUCGCCAAAGCUAUCGCCACGACUGCAACCUACCCUCUACAGACAGUGCAGUCCAUCCUGAGAUUUGGGCAGCACGGACACAGCAAGGAGAGCAGGAUCAUGGGAAGCCUGAGAAGCAUUUUCUACAUUUUCUACCUCUGGAGGGAACGAGUCAGGAAGCACGGGAUUGUGGGAUUGUUCAAAGGGCUGGAGGCGAAGCUGCUGCAGACGGUGCUGACGGCCGCCCUCAUGUUCCUGCUCUAUGAGAAGAUGACCGCCGCCACCUUCAGGAUCAUGGGAUUGAGGAGGACUCACAGCCACCGGUAGCCCGGGGUGGGGGUUCCCGUUGCCAUGGUGCUGCUAGCGGGGGCGGGGCGUCGCUUUAAACACACCAUCCCGGUUCAGCGGUUCAGUGCUGAAUUACUUUUGUCAAGCUGGAGAAUAAAUUCCUUUCAUUGAGAAUUCAUGAGAACAGUUUAUCAUUCCUGUUAUUAUUUUUGACAGUGUAGCCUCACCCUGUAAAAUGAACGCAUUUUUCUUCAUAAAGUUGAGUAAAAGCUGCUGAAUGAUGUUACGUUAACACAAUGAAUUACACACCGCCUUGUAAUGCUCAUAACUGAGGUCGAAAAACGUGUCAUUUCAAAAUCUGACACGAAAUACUACUGUCGUAGACUUUUGGCGAGUCAUGAUUUUGUCGUUUCUUUACAUCAUGUUAAUUAAUAAAAGAUCUAAGUGAUGUUUGUA